AAGCAGCACACAGCCGCACUGUGUGUGAAAGUAACUGCAGGCGCGGCCGACAACAAGGAUGCUCUCUGUGCCGGAUCAUUGAGCCUUCUACAACAGGAAUAAAACCAAAUGAAGCGUCGGUUCUUGCUAUUUUUUUUAAAAGGAUCACCUUUCUUUUCGACUCUAUAUUACACGUCUUCAUCUACAGGCUGCAAUAUUUAUUAUCUCUCCUAACGACUCAGACAGACAGACGGGUCAAGACAAAGUCACUUGAGGGGGCUGGAAGAGGGCAACGGCUCCUCCGGGAGGUUUCUCCGGAUAACCUUGUGCUUGAUUAGAAUCUACCGGAGAUCUCCGCUCUAUUAAAUAUGCUGAAAUGCUGCGAAUGGCUGAACUCUGCUGUUGGGACAAUGCACUUGUAUUAUAGCAUAUGCAAGGACCGUUGAGGAAAUCAACUAACAUGCGACUGCAGGGUCCGUUUUUAUGAAGGAAUCUCCCACCCAGAUUGGAUCCACCCGCGGAUUGCAUUGCCGCUGCUUAGGAAAGUGUUUUUCAGCUAUUUUGGAACUGUUGGAUAUUUGCAGUUAAAUGGCCGAUUAAAAGAGGGAGGGCGCGGGGAGCUCAUGUGGAGACCAAAUGUGCGCGCAACGCGGCAGUGCGCCGGUUUAGCGGCGUUCUCUCUGCUCACAAGCCCUAUCCCAGCGGAUCUUGAGUGGACUGGGGGGUUUCUGUGGGUUGCCGCCUGUACCGCACCUCAUUGAUUUGGACUCAAACGGACCUCAAGUGAGCGGGACGGGAUAGAAAAGUGGACAUGUAUUAUUUUGGUGUUUUAAUGUGUCUGACAAGGAGUGGGAUUAUUUCACGCAUUCCUGGCUGAAAGGAUUUUUGCACUUGCUUUGUGAGAGUGGAGAUAACCGGAAAGAAAAAAAAAAGAAGAGGAGAGGGAAACUCACAGGUUGGCCCCCCUUCCUCCAGGCAGUGCAUCCUCACCUGUCCAUCUGCCAGUCACUGCAGAUGUUCUUCAUGUUGAGCCCAAUUAAAGCACAGCACGCUUGAUAGAGUCGCCUUGUUUCCGGUUGAAUAUCAUGGAACGACUGUGGUUGUCCUUGCUGUUGCUGACAGCAACAUGCAGGGGACAGGCCUGUCCAAAACGCUGUAUGUGCCAGAGCCUUUCGCCAUCGCUCGCCAUCCUCUGCUCUAAAACAGGCUUGCUGUUUGUUCCUGUUGCCAUAGACCGCCGCACCGUGGAGCUUCGGCUUCAAGAGAACUUCAUCACAGCUGUCCGUAGGAAGGAUUUUGCCAACAUGACCAGCCUGUUGCAUCUGACGCUGUCCAGAAACACCAUCAGUCAGAUCCUUCCUUCAGCGUUCAAUGACCUGCGGCGACUCAGAGCGCUCCAUUUAGACUCAAAUAGAUUAACUGUAAUCAAGGAUGACCAUUUCAAGGGCCUUACAAACCUCCGCCAUCUAAUUCUGGCCAACAACCAGCUUCACUCCAUAUCUCCCCAUGCUUUUGAUGACUUCCUGUCCACACUAGAGGAUUUGGACUUAAGCUACAAUAACCUUGCACAAGUUCCCUGGGACACAAUUGGGCACCUGACGAAUGUCAAUACCUUAAAUAUGGAUCAUAAUCUCAUAGAAAAUGUUCCCCAAGGAGUAUUCACCAACCUACACAAACUUGCCAGGCUGGAUAUGACAUCCAACAAACUGAAAAAAAUUCCCCCUGACCCACUUUUCCUGAGAAUACCAGUUUAUGCUAAAUCCAAAGGCAGUCCUCUAUCCUCCCUGGUUUUGAGUUUUGGUGGAAACCCUCUUCAUUGUAAUUGUGAACUUCUGUGGUUGCGGAGACUGACGAGAGAGGAUGACUUGGAGACAUGUGCUUCACCCUCUGACCUCAGUGCUAAAUACUUCUGGACAAUACCUGAAGAGGAAUUUAUUUGUGAUCCACCAGUGUUGACACGCAAGUCACCGCAGACUGUGGCCAUGGAAGGCCAACCUGCCAGCCUCAAAUGUAAAGCAAAUGGGGAUCCAGAACCAGAAGUACACUGGAUCAGUCCUGAAGGGCGACUUAUAUCUAACGGCACAAGAACUUUGGUUUUCCCGAAUGGAAGCCUUGAAAUCAAUGUCACCUCUGUAAAGGAUGCAGGGAACUUCACCUGCAUUGCUUCCAACGCUGCAGGUGAAUCCACAGGAAGGGUGGAACUAUUUGUAACACCAAUGCCGCACCUGGCAAACAGCACAAGCCGCAGCCGAGACCCAUCAGAGACCAGAGAACCUGCUCCUUCUGACAUCCUAACCUCAUCUAAAGUGUUGAUGCCUAACAAUGAGACACGAGCAGGAGAUCGGCGGGUUUCCUUGGUGGAGCUGACAGGAAACUCUGCCCUCAUUAGAUGGAGCAGUCAGACGCCCGUGUCAGGAGUCAGGAUGUUCCAGGUCCAGUACAACAGCUCAGGGGAUGACACACUGGUAUACAGAAUGAUUCCUUCCAGCACCAAUGACUUCCUAGUUCGUGAUCUCGCCGCCGGGAGAAACUAUGACCUCUGCGUCCUUGCCGUAUUCGACGAUGUUGUCACCUCUCUGACUGCAACGCGUCCUCUGGGUUGCUUGUCAUUCACCACAGACACAGAGUUCACGCAGUGUCAGGCAUUACACAGUCACUUCCUGGGCGGAACUAUGAUCAUCAUCAUCGGUGGAAUCAUUGUGGCGUCUGUUCUGGUUUUUAUUAUUAUCCUGAUGAUAAGAUACAAGGUGUACAGUCACCAAGGGACAGUCCACGGAAAAGCUGCCAUUUCUACAACUGUGCCAAGGCAGCAGAGCAAUGGACAGGGGGGCGGUGGACAGGCCCAAGUACUGCCUCGCUCUGCUUCAAAAAUGGAUGACGAAGCAGUGGGACCCUCUAGGGCCGUGUCACCUAGCAACACCCUGAGAGACACUGUCGCAUUGGUUGUGGAGGAGGCAAGUGGGCGUAACAUAAUGGCACGGACUGACUCGUCAGCCAAUGAGGAGUUACUCUCACCCACCAAGUCUCACUACAGCUCCAGGGUUGCCAUUGAGAUGAAAAGCAGACCGCCAUCUGUUGCCAAAGAGCCCAUCUCCCCCAAGGAACUGGCAGGUAGUGAACAGACGAGGGGGGGUAGACAGCGGAGGCAGGCAGCUGAGGGCGAAAGAAAGGCUUGAGAACAGAUACAAAUAAACGGGGAGGAGUUUAACCUAACGAGAUGGAAGGGAGGGGAAAGGUAUUUCAGACGGCAGAAAUUGAAUAAGAAGUAUUCCAUCCAUGUGCAUUGGAACACUGGUAACACUGGUUAUUUUUUUUUUAAAAAGGGCAUCUUCAUAGAUAUUAUAUUGUAUAAAGUCUCCAGGUGGUUGAUUCAUGAUUUGCUUUGUUUUUCACAGUCUAAACGUAUACAUUACAUAUGGAGUUUUGAAAUUUCAUUUAUUUUGGGGCUGAUUAAAAUUGAUUCAUGAGUAACAUUUUAAAUAAGAUUAAUCACAGUAUCAAUUCAUUAUUUAUGAUUAAUCAGCAUUUGCAGCUACGUCUGAACUAUGCCUACUUGUUCUGUAUUUUAUCGAAAGAAAGAUAAACGACAGGAUUUGGGCCGAUUUCUGAGCAUACUUAAAUGCAGCAAAUUUCACUUACACGUUAAGAGUUACAAUAUGAGUAAUAAGAAUAUCCACUUAUUUUUUUUUCUUUCAUCCCGAAGUGCAUUUUUAACUGAGGUCACUGAAAAGACCCGCAGGCUCACAAUCUCUGCUUUAGUCACUCUGAAGGUGUUUGAUGGGCAUGAGGUCAGCAUUUUGGCCAAGGUCUUCCACACAAAAGUCAUCCAGGCAUGCCUUUAUGGGCCUUGUGUUGUGCACUGGAGCGUAGUCUUGUAGGAACCAAAAGGCCUUAACUGCUCCCAUAGAAAUGGAUGCAGUCGGAAGUUAAACAAUUAAAAUUCAGGGAAAAACAACAGUGCCAAGACCAACUCUUGACUGAUUGAGCUACUUAAUUUAGAAGUGUGUUUGCCUUUGACGCUGUAGGUAUCGAAUACUCUGGGUAACCAGAGUAUAAUGCAACAAACACAUUGCCAUAAUGUGAUACUCCACACCAACGACUUGGAAAUGUAGCAUUUAGAGAAAUUACAGCUUAGAAGGAUGUGAGAAUCUAGAUAACAAGACAGUUUUUACUGAGAAAUAUGUAAUAAUAAUGUAAACUAACAUGUGUGCUUAUUAUAGAGGGGCAGAAAGGGGCAACAUGGUGAUUGUGGGCCACAUUAAAAAAAAAAGUUUGAACAUUUGUGGUGCAAACAACCAUCACUAACGUGAAUCAAAAUCAAAUUAUAUCUUAGCACAUAUCAAAAAAAAAAAAUUGUGAGGCCGUUCCAGGGAGUAGAAAUGACUAACGGCUAAUGUUCAGCAUAGUCAUGAACCAAUUUGCUGCAGCAAAAUUGGUUAACUUCCAGCUUCAGACGUAUCACAUCUUUUGAGCUUGAGGCUUCCAUUCAGUCUUUUUGAACGCUUGUCUCCUCGUAGAUCUCUUAUGUAAGCUUGAAUAAAGUAUAUUCACCAGCUCAAAAAGUAGCUACAAUACAAGAAGUUGCCGCAUUUUCUGUAAGUUUGACAAGUGAUAUAUGCUCUCUUGGAUAAGUCUAAUUUGUUUAUGUCUAAAUUAAGGGGAUUUUAUGGGUCCUUUUUCCAUAUCAUAUAGCCAAUAGCAGGGGUGUAGCAAGGAAUUUGGGGUCCCAUGAAAAAAAUUUAUGAAUACAUUGAAAAUGUAUGAAAAUUUACAGUUUACAUGUGAUUGGUAUCAGCCGAUUUCACUCAUGGAUGAUCGAAAUUGGUCGCAUAAAACUCUGAUCCUAAGAAAAUCUAAGUCAAAACCGGGACCUGAGCCUUCACAGACUGCAGACUAGGGUUGGUAAUUUGAUCGAAAUACUUCAUACAUAAAGUUUAUACUACAUAAAGUUAUUAUACUAGUUAUGUGUGUUGCCAGCUAAUUCAGAGCAUGGCAAGAUUUAACUUUGAAAAUUAGCUAUCAUCACCACAGAACGACUUCAAAUUGUCAGAUGUGGAACUGACAGCCAUGAAUGUUAUUUUAUUCGGAACAGGAAUUCAGCAUUUUUUAUGGAGUUUAACCUGUAAUUGUGAAAACUGGACAUUUUUCUGUUCUUGCAAACCACUAUUGCUAACAUAUACUGGUGGUAAUUGUAAAUUUAAUUUGGAUCAAGUUGCAUAUGGUCCCUUUAAUCGACCAUAAAAAGAAUUGUACCAUGACGCUAGUUUUCUGCAAACUUAAAGUAGAUUGAAGUAGAUUCACUGCAGAAUACACUACAUUAUCACUAAAAGUAAAGUCACAUGCAGAACUAAUAAAAACAUAAUUUUAAGCAACUCAGUCAGUAUAAGCAAAUUCUAUUCUCAGACUAAUAAAAUGUGUGUUAGGAGCUUCACGCUCAUGCAUAGAAAGGCCACUUUAAUUGCAAGCGGUGCCAUCAUUAUGGAAAUCCACAAAAGCAGAAGUUUCCCUGAAAACCUUGCUAAACCCACUCCAGUGUGUGCACCCUGUAACUGCAAUGCAAUCCACUUGGAAAAUGACAACAACUAAAUGACGGACAACAUUUUACAGGGCUGGCUCGAGUAGCUGAAGUUGAAUAACUUUCUCAGUUUCUGGUGUGUCAUUCAAUUGGCCUCUGUGAGAUGGUUGAAAUAAGGUGUCAUUGAGCCUUAUGAUGAUAACGGUGAAGAGGGGAGAUAAUGCCGGCGCUUAGUCAUCGAGUUCAGGGAAAGUUUUCACCUUCUUCAACCCUGCUGGAUGAAUGUGAGCGUUAUAACAUUAAUUUGACCUAAACCCCCUUACAUCACAGUCUGGGUUUAUAUCAUAAGAGGAUUUUUUUCUAACACUUUUGGAGAUGAAUUGGCUGGCUAAUUAAAAGGGGUUGCGAUCCAAUUGUUCUCGUCAUAUGCAAGGAUGUCUGCAGAUGUAAUUCAGUGUGUGUUUUGAGAAGUUGGCAGGCAAAUUGGCCCCCUAAAGGAAAAGGGCUUUGGGGUGUUCAUUACAACUACAACAGGCUAGGCUUUGACAGAAAACAUGACAAGGAAUUUGCUACUGAUCGUUGUGGUGCCGCCAUAUACAGUAAGCGUAAAAGCACUAUUUCCCCAACAGUCUUGAUUAAUUGCCAUAUCCUGCUUUUUGCACAAACUGAUUGAAGAGUGUCAAGUCAAAGUAACACCCAAAGCUCUGUUUGCAAAGCUACAGACAAACACAGCAAUUAUUUUGAUACUUCACCCCGCACAAAACAGUGACAGAUGUCCUUUGUGUUCCUUGCAUCGCUUUGCUUACUCAUUCGCUGGCACUUCUCGGGCUAACCAUAUUUAGGAGUAACGCUCCCGUGUGUCUGAAGAGAGACAGUUAGGGUUUCUGAGGUUGUAGGCUGUAACUGUGAUACAUUUCCCUGGCUGCUGCAUUGCAGAGACAGAAAAUAUUGAUCUGAUCAGGGAGGAAUACAGUGAGUCACAUCAUGUGAUCUUCAGGCGCUCUCUUUGUAUGUGACAGCUGAACGAUACAAAGAAAGACCCCCAUUAAAGGCCUUCGCUUGUCAGACAUAUGACCCAACAUGAGAGAAUGGGCUUAAUGUGCAUGAUAUUUUUUUUUCCUUGUGCUUGUUUUGGUGUUCGUAGAACAUUACUGCUUUUGCAAAGGCAUAGCUUCCACCCCAAAAAAGAUAAAUUUGUUGUGAAAUAGACCCCUUCAAGUAGCACUCAAACUUUAAAAUAUUCAUUUGUGCAAUGCUUUACAUAUGGUUGGUGAAGUCUUGGUUAUGUCUAAACCUACACCAGCAGUACAGUGACACUAACACUAUGUUAUUACAUGUGUAAUUUUCACUGUUUUGGUACAUCCACACCAAAAUUGUCAAACAUUUUAAAAAAUUAACAGUAGUUAAUGAGAUAAACGCUAUGUUCAAAGAUCGUUAAGAAUAAAAAGCACUUCUUUUGUUGGGGUUUUGCGAUUAUUAACCACAAGUGUUUUUAACAAUUAUUGAAUGAAGGUCUCUAGAAAAAGACAUUUUGAAGGACCACCACCUUUUCUGCCAACACUGGCUCUUUCUUAAUUACUUUUAUUUUCAUAAAAAUAUUGAUCACAGGGAGCAGUAAUUAUGGUAAUUGUUGUAUUUCAUUUGAACAUGCAUCAGAUUACAAUUGAGUGCAUCACAUAAUCAGUUCACAGUUCCACAUGUCCAAAAGGAGUAGGAAGAAGCAAAGCUUAUUAAAUCCUACCCCUCCAUCUGGUACUUUUACAAUCAGUAACUGUUACAUUUGUUCACUUCCUGCUUUCCUAAUAUAGUUUUAAGUUUUUGUUGUUUUUUUUUUUAUUUUUGUCACGUACCGAAGUACAAGAUGAUAUGACCAUACAAUGACAUAAUGGGUACCAUAGUAGGUGUCAAUAUAGUGAUAUAUACAUAUAGCACAUCAUGACUGGUUCAAGACUCUUCAUCCUUGUAUUUAGCAAACAUCAACUGCUUGUAUUGUUUCUUGAAUUGGCUCAUCGUUGUGCAUUGUUUCAGGGUCUUACUCAAUCUUAAUCAAAUUAUAUGAUUAAAACAAACGUAUAAAGUUCAGAUAAUUGUUUUACAUGAAAUACCAGCCAACUAAAAGGGGAAAUGAAUUAAAAAAAAAUACUGUGACUACUAGGAAAGCAAUCUUUGCACACAAUUCCCAACUGGGGACAAACAAACAGAUUGCUCUAUGGCAGUCCCUUGGGUAACAGGUUAAACGUUCCCCUUGGGAAGUCAAUGUAAUGUUCCCAUAAGUGGAGUGGAAAUCUGUGUGUGUACAAAAACUCCAGGUCAGGCACCAAAAACCCUGCAGGUCUGUGAAUGCAUUUGAAAGAUGUAAUGCGUGAGAUUUAGCCGCCUUAAGCAAGGGAAACAGUGCUCACUCCCACGAGGUUAGCCAAGAUAGGAUAAUAGUUCAUUUUAACACAAGGGUGUGUUUGGGUCUGGGUGAAGAGAAAAUGAUUCUUAUUCUCAUGGCCCGUCUAUGACCUUGUUGCCCAUGUUUCUGUGUAUUCCUUUUUGCGUCAACCCCCAUGCCCGGCUACAUUCUUCACUCUCAUCUAUGUCUCUGAAUGCAUCACCAACUUUGCGCCUCUCCCUGUCUUUUUCACUCUACUGCUGUCGCUUACUGUUGAUUUCCCAUUUCGCCCACUGUCUGGAUUAUUCACUGUUUUCUACUUGUUUGUUGUCUCUGCUGCUGUUUCUAGCUCUGAUUUCUUCUCUCUUUCUCCAUGUCUCUCCGCUGCUUCCACCAGCAGAUGAUGGACGCCCUCGUAUUGUUGAGUGGAGAGAUUUUAAGAUCUGACCACCUUUUGGCCACAAUGAGAUUACACCAAUGAGUAAUGCUUAAAAUGUUUUUGAUUGGAUCCCCUGAGUUUCCUUCAGUCAUGAUAAAAUAUUAUCUCCCUCCGACCCAAAACUUUUCAUCUUGCAAAUUGGCAUUAUUUUCCGUUUUCACACAUAAUUGUGUAUGAUGUGAUCAGGUUUUGAGAUGUCACAUGAAAUGACCAAGCAGUACAGUUCACUCCAUCUUGCCACAUUUUGUAAACCCUGAUCUGGGUGUGAAAGCAUAAUAGUGACGUAAAUAGUGGGACAUAACAGUACUACACAGUAUAUAGACUACUAUUUAAUUCCAUGCAAAAAAAAGUAAACAAGAAAAGCAUUCUGACAAAAGAUGCCCAAAGAUAUGGAUCAGUUUUUCGUCACAACUUUGCAAAUGUUAUCAUUCAUUGUAUUUUUAGGACAUCAACAUGGAAGAAAAAGACAUGAACAGCAACGAGGAAGAAGCAGCUAAAAAAGUUUGGCUUAACUUUAUAAAAAAAAGUUCAAAAGGAGUGCUUGAACACUUGCAAGACAAUGAUAUCAUGCAAAGGAGGGUGCGCCAUCAACAUGAUUAAUGUUCUCACAUUCAUGGAGUACAAAAUACACACUACUCCAUCUUUGACGCCCUACAUCGGACUUCCUCUAAGCCUGCAAUUCUCAAUUAUUUUCUGUCCUGACCCCCCCCCCCCCCCCACACACACACACACACACACAAGGGCCAAAAAUAUUUUCAUACUUGAGAAACUGAUAAUAUCUAUUCAUUUAUCUGUACUGUACACACUAAAUGGAGAACAUACAAACUGGUUUCAGUUGUAGUCUGAAUACAAGCAUAUUCAAGAGUCAAAUUGCAUGUGGAGUACUAUAAAUCUGUACAUGUUGGCAGGUCUGCAUUAAAAGGAAAGCCUCUCAAUGGUAUUAUAUACAUCUCUCGAUAUUUAAAUUCUGGUUGAAACCUAAAAUGGAAGCAAGGAAUCAAAAUCAAACAAGGCCCAACAUUGAAUAUCACUAGCCAAUGCCUGAUGAAGUGUACACAACAGUGAAUUGAUGGCCUGUUUCUUUUAGCUCGCUGGCUAACACUGCUCGACUGAAAAGCUAUUACACAUGUAGGUUAGCUUUGAAAUAAAUUGCUAAAUUUCAGAAAAUGUCGAGUACUUGUUCUGGAAAUGUCGUUCAAUGUUUUUUUUUUUUGUUGUUGUUUGCUCAUUUCUCGCCAUAUAUCAUGCAUACAAGGAAGACAGCAUAAUUGCACAGACAACAAAUAUACCGGGAGGAAGACAUCUCUGUCUCAACAUCUCGAUGACCAGUCAAUAGGCAGUACUAUCACUAUCAUCUACUGUUGCCUGCUUGUUAAGCCCUUUGAGACUCUUUUGUGAUUAAGGGCUAUAUAAAUAAACUUGACUUGACUUGACUACUCAGCCAGGAUGCAUUCAUGGCCUUCCAAAAAAUUGGAUAUUUUCAAAAACAAGCAUUUUCCCCACUCGGGUUUUAAAAAGGGACCCACAACAACGAGGCUGAAGAGCCACAUUAGCCUUUGGAGUCGCAGGUUGCCGACCCCUGCACAUAGAAACUCAAAGAUAUGUACUUAGCUGAACAGUACUGCUUGGUGACAUCACAAUUUUAGCUUUUCUGUGUCCGAAUUUACAUGGCUGUAUAAAAGGCCACAGUUGUAAUCCAGUAAAGGUGCAACUAAGGCUUUUUUGUUCAACAAAUAAUAUUGAAAGAAAAAGUCUUGAGGAUUAUUUUAAAUAUUGUUUUUCAGACGAUAAGCAAUCCACUUUGGAGGACAAAAAUCUCAAUGCCUGAACAAAUUAAACACAACAAGAUAAAAGAAGAGGGUCUUGAUAACAUCGGUGAAUCCUGUAAUGCUCACCUUACCCCCUUUUUGGCUGUUAAUGCCCCAUUAGUUUUUUUCUCUUCCGGAAACUCUUUCAAUAUCUUCCAACAUUAAUUUAAUUGAUCCCCCUGUUCCACACCUCUUGCCUACUUUUGUUUGUUUUCAUUUGCGGUUUAUUUUACCUUAUCUUUAUUGUCCUACUCGCUUUCAUUGUGCUGUAUUGUGGCAUAUUUUUAUUUCAAGCUAUUCUAUAUGACUUCUUCCCUCGUCUUCCAUUAUUACCAUGCAGCUGGUAUUGCUAUAUGUGCUCCAUGUACCGUUAGCGUAGCCAUCACUUCAUCCACUGCAUUUUGAGAGUGAUGAAGGUAAGGAGCGUGGGUUCCACUGGGGGGGAUGAUGGCGCUCAUGUCAGCAGAGGUUGUGAUGAAUGAAUACAGUCAGUGGUAUUGCAAUUACCGUGCUUCAUUCUUUAACUGACACUGAAAACACAAACACUACAUUAACGCUUUUAGGAAAUUUCCCUCCUGACAAACGCAGUUAAGAAUGUUCUCCUGACAAAUGUGCACAUUACAAAUAACAUAUGUCGCAAUAACCUGCCAGAGAAAAGGACAGCUCCAUCAAUCUCAAAGAUAUUACACUUCCUUCCGUUCUCUAUGUCGGAUCAUGGAAGGAAGAAUGAACUUUUUGCUGUUUGGAAGAAAUUCUGACCCCUUUUUAAGACACUUGAUGACUCAGCAUUCCACCAAGACAUGUACAGCAUAGGAUUUAAUGUAAGAGACACAAUCUAUAAAAAUGUGCAGAAUUUUCUCAUCACGAAUAUCGCAUAUGCUGACAUUUAGCCAAACAUUCCUCUGCUCCUGUGGUCCAGACAUUUUGCUCUCUAUUGUAUUUCUGUUUGUCCAAAUUUGUCAAGAUCCCUGAUGUUUCGUCUUUUUUGAAUCCCCUAGCUCUGCAUUUUUUUCCAGUCGAUUCCCUUCUUCCUUUGUAAUUCCUUGUAGUCUUAAUGAAGUCAUUUCUUUUCCGCGUUCAAACUUGAUUUUCUUCUGUGUUUCGUAGAACCAUGAAGUUUCUUGAAAAGGAGAGUGGACAUCAACAGCGCAGGCAUGACGUGAAAACCCACAAGAAGAAGAUGCCGCUCUACUGUUUGUUCCUGUUUUCUUUACCCAUCAUUUUGUUUCCAUCUGGUUUACGUUGAACUACUUAUCACGGUUCUCAUUUCUGGAUUGGAUUACCGUGUCAGUGCUUGGCGAUGGUGAUUGGCCAGUUUCUGCAGGAUCCCGCUGAUGGAUCAUUUUAAUCACUUAAGCUGGAACCCAUCUAACACUCAUUAAAUGCUGCAUUUUGCUUCUUUAGCAAAUACAUGCCACCGUCUAUUCCGCAGGCUAUAAUGGAUUAUUUCCAAAACAGUAAAAAGCACAUUGAUAUGUCUUGACAUAAAAGGGAUACAAUAUAUAAAUGAUCUCAUUGUUUACUGGAAAAAUAAGGAGAGGAUGCUGACAAAAGACUGGCUGCCUUUGGGAUCGCCCUCAACUUGGAUCUACAAAUGCUCAGCACCGAUGUUUGCAUACUGCAUUAACUGUCUAACUGCAACUAAACAUGACGGGUUCCAAUGGUUGCAAAGUCAUCACCAAUCUAUAUUUAAUCACGUGUUAAAAUGCAACAUUGGCAGAUGAGCUUCUCCCCAAUGGAUCUGAACUUUGACCCAAUCCUCGUAUCCAGUGGUUUGUUCUGCACAAUUCAUACCUAAAGAGACAUGACUUGACUCUUGGAGAAAGAGGAUCCUGGACCGGACGUGGGAGAUGGAUUCAAGAUGUGUUAGUCAUUUGACACUGAACACUGGACAACACGUGACGGGUCUACCAUGUUUUGGACCAGUCUGCUGAUUCCGACUGGAUUGGACCAGUGAGGACCUGACAGACCUCAAUCACCCUCUCACACCAUCGCCUCUGAACCAGGCGCAGAAAUCAGCCAUGCGUGAUAAAACAGAUCAGCGAAGAAAAGAAAAAAGCAGGACAUCAAUUUAUGUUGCACAUUAUCAACCUUUUUUUAACCCGUAGCCGCCCAUCAUAAUUAUGACUGCUGUUGCUGAAUAUUCUAACGUGAACAACAAAUGCGGUAUAAGAGAAUAUGGCCACACAUUGUUUACAGCAUUGUUUGCAGUGAUCUCGGCUCAAUUUACACCUUAAUCACAUCAUUAUUCUUACGAUGCAUUGGAGUGUGUGCCCAGCAUGAAUUACCUCACAUCUCAUUUUGUGUUUCAGGAGCGUUUCAUUUGAUUUCUCUGUUUCGAGAUGUCCAUUUAUGCUGUUUGUUGAAAAGAAAAUGCUGCAUGUUUCAUACUGUCAUCUCUUAUAUCAUUAUCAUGCUGUGGCUCAAGUGUCACAAAGGUGGAAUUUAUAAUUACUAAGUACCAUCAUUGAUGUGUGCCACCUCGGACUGAACAAAAAAAAUAGGAAAAUAUGUGAUACUGACUCACAUUAACAUGCCGUCUAAUUCAUUUAUUUUAUUAAUUUAUUUUCUGAGCGGUAUUUUAUAUUACUAUAUUUAAUUUUAAUUGUGCUGCAUGACAGCCGGCACUUACUGCUCACUCUCUCCAACCCCCGGUGAGCCUCGCCAGCCAAGGUAAAGCAGAACAGGAUAUUGAUAAUGAUAAUUGUGAUUUCUUUAAAAUGUAAGUACAAGAUCCCUGAACAUGGUGUAUGUGUGUGAAAUCAUGACUCUUUGCAGAAUCGUGCAGCCCUACAUGUGUGUUUCCAUUGAUAUCAUAAUCAUAUUAGCCAUCACCACCAUUACAGAUCUCUGUAGACUGUUUGGGAAGAAUAACGACAACACCCGAGAAUUACACCCCCUUUUAUUUUAACCUCUCGUGGAAGAGAUUUGCCCAAAAAGACCAUAUUCUUUAUGAUGAAAUCCCCCUCUGUGUUAUUUGCCCCCACUUCAGUCUUUAUCUUUUGUAUGUGUAUAUAAAACAAUUUAAAAUCGUAUAGUUUUGUACAUGUAAUUUUUAUGGUGUGUGGAUAUUUUUUAAUAAAAAAACAGA